AUGCGCGAUUCCCAUGUGUUUUGGUGUUGGUCAGUGGCAGAGCGUGUUGCUAUUGGGGCGCCGAACGGUUUCCUCGCCACUGUAAGGUCAAGUGCAGUCUGUGGACUGCCAUCCUGUAGGUCAUUGUAAUGGAUACCUCAGGUGACCUGGCUGCUCCGCUGGCGGGUGUGAAGCAUGUCAUCCUCGUCAUGUCGGGCAAGGGCGGGGUCGGCAAGUCGACAGUGGCCACGCAGCUGGCUCUGGGCAUUCGCGCGGCCGGCUAUCGGGUGGGCAUCCUGGACAUCGACCUGUGUGGCCCGAGCAUCCCCCGCAUGCUGGGUCUGGAGGGCAAGGACGUCCACCAGUGUCCACAGGGCUGGGUGCCGGUGUACGCUGACACGGAGCAGACGCUGGCCGUCAUGUCCAUCGGCUUUCUGCUGACGGACCGGCACGAGGCGGUGGUGUGGAGAGGGCCCAAAAAGACAGCCAUGAUCAAGCAGUUUGUGACGGACGUGGCGUGGCAGGACGUGGACUACCUGCUGAUCGACACGCCGCCGGGCACCUCCGAUGAGCACAUCGCCAUCCUGGAGAGCCUCAAGUCGCUCCGCUGUGACGGUUGCGUGCUGGUGACGACGCCUCAGAACCUGGCCGUGGGCGACGUGCGACGCCAGGUGACCUUCUGCCGGCGCACCGGGCUCCGGCUGCUCGGCCUGGUGGAGAACAUGAGCGGCUUCGUCUGCCCCAACUGCUCGGAGUGCACCAACAUCUUCUCGUCGGGCGGUGGCGAGGCGCUGUCGUCGGUGGCGGGCGUGCCGUUCUUGGGGCGGCUGCCGCUGGAGCCGCGGCUAGCUGCCGCACUGGACGCCGCCUUUACUGAGUACGUGCAGAGUGCAGAGACUAGUGAGAUUCGCGUGAAUCCGUACCACCCGGCGGAGUCGGAUGCGGCGGAGCAGGCCAACCGCAAAGUGAAGUCAGCACUGCAAGCGGCAGACCAGAUUGGCGAGAACCGUGUCCAGUACCUGCAGAAGUUCCUACAGCAGUACCGGAGUACGCCGCACGCCACCACCGGAGUCAGCCCAUCUGUGCUGUUGCACGGCAGACGACUGAUGACCAAGCUGCACGCGGCAGCCGCUGAGUCGCCUCACAGCGAGACGAAGAUGCAGCAAGAGACGCUGAGGAGCGGCCGGCUGCAGGAGCGACCGCGGUGA